GGGGGGGAGUUUCUUUUAGGGAGGGGGGGCGGGUGGCGAGAGAGAGCGCGAUGGGUGCUUCGAAUAAGCUCCAAACGGCCUUCAAACCCCCGAAGCGAGAGCUCCCACUGCCCCACCCCCCCGAUUUCAACACUAAUCAUGCGGGCUCUUCGACGGCGGCGGUGGAGGGGGGAGUGACGGCGGUGGCGGUGGAAGGGGCGGAGGAGGACGAGGUGCUGCGGGACGCGGGGGCGCUGUCCCGGGAGGAGGUGCUCCGCCGCCGGGCGCGGCGGGUGAGGCAGCUGGAGAACCUCUAUCGGCGGAAGUACUGGGCGCUGGUGGAGGAGGUGCGGGUGAGGCACCGGGACUACUACUGGGAGUUCGGGGUGAGCCCGGUGGUGGAGGAGGGGAGAGGGAACGGGCCGGAGAACGGUGGGGUUGGGGUGGGGGAGGGGGGAGGAUUAGGGUUUAGGGAGCCGGGGGGUAACAGUAAUGUAGCGGUGAAGGGGGAGAGGAAACGGUGCGCGUUUUCGGGGUGCAAGACGAGGGCGAUGCCGCUGACAAAGUAUUGCCAUGCGCACAUACUCUUGGAUGGCAAGCAGACGCUGUACAAGCCUUGCAAUUAUGUUACCAGGAGCGGGCCACAAAAUGGGCAAGUUUUUUGCGGGAAGCCAGUUCUGAGAGCUGCCAUGCCCUCACUCUGUCAUGUGCACUUCCAGAAGACACAGAGGAACAUUUUACAAGCUUUGAAAAGAUCAGGCCUUCACACAUCCUGUUCAAGCAGGCCUGCUCCAAAAUUUAAUGUUCUAAUUGCUGAAUGUGUGCGCCAAAUUCAAGCCAGAAGAAGAGAAACAUUGAAUGCUGCCACUAAUAACAUUGCACAAGAAGAGAAUGAAAAGGUUGGUUGAAGUUUUUUUUGUUGAGAACAUGAUUCUGGUUUGGAUUGCUGUCCUAACCUUCCAGACAUUGGGUGAAGACGUAACCAAUCAGACCAAGCUAGACAUCCUGGGAAGAAAAUUUUUACUAUUCUAAAAAGGUCUGUUCAAAGACAGCGUAGGGAAACAGGCUAGGUUCCCAGUGUGAUAGCAACCAGUCAGGUGCAUGGCUAUGAUAUAAGAUGAUGGCUGCAUAAAGGUUUUUCUACCUGACAGCCUUGCCAGCAUACUUGAAAGAGUAUUCCUGAAAAUUUUUUGGUUGGUUAGUUUUUCAUCUAUAUACUUGAGCAAGGCAUGGAAGCCAAAGCUUUACUCCCAGGCCCCAGAUAUAAUACAAGCCUUGGCAUCCCUUCUUGGGUGACUACUUAAUACAAACUCAUCUGCUUGCUGCUGCAUGCUCCUCUUCUUUCUUCUGUUGUUUGAGCAGAUGUAAUGUGCCCUAUAUGCCACUCUCAUGUCAAGUCUAAAACAAAUUGAUGCUGAUGUGAUUAUCUUCAGUAAAAAAAAAAAAUAUGAUACGGUUGUUGUUUGAAUGCGGGGAUCUUUCACCAUUGUGAAAAACCAGAGCUGAAUUACAUGGUCUUGUAUUUGUUAAGCUGGAGAUUCUAGAAUCAGGGAUUGUUGCCCAGCUGUGGGAAUAUUUAUCUACAUGCUUAUCAACUUUUAUGCAGUAGACUGUAAUUUGGGUAUGUCCACAUGAAAAUUUGUACGACAGUUAAAGACAGUGACACAUUGUGGCUUGUUUGUAAAAUUGACUGUCCAAUAUUUUGAGGCAAUCUCCUUUUUUAUUUUGUACAUCUCUCUUUCACUCGUAGCCAAUCAUAAAUUCGGAUUCAAAUAAUUCUUAUCCGCAUUAUUUAUUGUUUUAGGAACUUCCAGUAGCUGAAUUUCUGUAAACUUUUGAGCAUUGUUGUUUAUUAUUGAAUUUCUCUUGACCCAUUGGCUAUUUAGGGUCUGCUUGUUAGUAGCAGGUGUUUUUAUCUACUGUCACCAGAUGGGCAUUCCACAUCAACAUCUGUGAUCUUUGAGUUAACUUGGCCAAGGGUCAUUUCUGGAAUACGCUUAACAGGUAUCCAGACGUUUUUAAUGUGCUUUCUUUCUUUUUCUGAUGCUAUGCUUGUCUUUGAAACUCUGCAAGGCAUGGUUAUUGUAUGAUUUCUAUGAUCGCGGUUCACGAUAUUCCAUUGAAGCCAACUUCCAAACUUGGGGGUUUUUUGAAACGAAAGAUGAAGAUUGGAUGGUGAUAGAUUGAAAAGAAAUUGUACCAGACCUGUACCAAGGUCAAACAACAUAUGCUAUCAAACCCUUCAUGUUUAGUAGGCAAGUUGUCAGUGUUUCAGGCUUGAAUUAAUCUCCUGUUGCAGGCGAAAAAUGCUUGUGGAUUUGCAGACUUGCUGUAAAGAGCUUCCAGGAAUUUUAGUCAAUGUAAAAUCCUUAGAGGUCAGAGAUUGCAACGUGAUUAUGCUUAUCAGAAGAUUUGGUUCAGAUUCUAGUGACAAUGCAUGUGGACUGGCUUGCUGGUCAAAUUUGUACGAAGAAAACGCUAGAGCAACUUGAAAAUUUCGCACAAAAAAAAUUACAUGGCUGAUGUGAGACUCGCU